AACUACUCGUAUGUGUUACAACGGUGUGUACACAUUAUUCUUUCUUAUCUUUCUUUCAUGGAUGUAUAGCCAAAAGUGAAAAUAUUUUGGGAACACAUAUUAACUACAUAAUUUAUAGAUAUUCAAACAUUCGCUUAUUUACAAAUUCCCAAAAAAAUUAAAAAUAUAAUAAUUGUUUGCGAUUGUAUACAAUAAAAAUUAAUUUUCCACUUGUGCAAUGGAGGAUUUUUGCCAUAAACUAAAUAUGAAUAUACACAUGUAUAUGUAAAUAAAAAUAACAUAUAUUAAAUACAUAUAUUUAUAUGUAUAGUUAAAAAAUAUUGCAAUAAAAAAUAAGAAUAUACAUAUAUAUCGAUAUAAAAUCAAAUAUGAAUACACAUUAAACAGUGAAAUAUUAAGAAAAUUUAAUAAUUUUAUUAUAUACAUAUGUAUGUGUGUGAGUUUAUUCUGAGUAGGGAGUGUGCACUUUUAUUACACAUACUGUAGUAGUUGUAUGUUUAAUGUACAUGUAAACUACAUACAUACAUGUAACUCAGAGUAGAUGUAAACAUAUACAAAAGGAGUGCGAACAUUAUAUUUACAUAUAAAAGAAAACUCCAAAGUAAAUGAAAGAUGGCGUUUUUAUUGCUUACAUUUUCAUUUGCCGCAAUUGCUUUCGAUUUUACGUGCGGAAUUAAAGAUGUUCCUUCUCAAAGGGUGGAAGCUUUAAGUGGAGAAACUAUAUAUCUUCCAUGUAACGUCAGUACAUACGAUGGCGACGAAGUGGUCUUAAUUCUAUGGUAUCGAGAAGACAAAGGCACCCCCAUAUAUAGUGUGGAUAUACGAGAAGGUUACACAAAAGCUAUCAAGCGAUGGUCCGAUGAAAGUGUGUUUGGAGAGAGAGCGUACUUUAUAUUUGACAAAGAACCUGGAACACUAUCCAUUCAAAGCACGAAGUUUGCUGACUCUGGAACAUACAGAUGUAGAGUGGAUUUUUUAAGAGCUCAAACCCGCAAUAGCAAAAUUACUCUCUCAGUUAUAGGUAAGAAUUUUUAUAAUAAAUUUUUAAUAUAUUAUUUUAGAUCAGAGAUUGCCAAAGCUAAAACUUUUAGUGUAUUAGUGAGAGAGAGUGAGUUGCACUGACAAAAAAGUUGAGUAAACUAAAGAAAAUUAAAAAAUUAUAGUAAAAUGUAAAAAUUAAAAACUCGUAGAUAUAAAAGUAAAAAUUGGAAAAA